CGCAUUGUGGGAAUAUGGGGUAUGGGUGGUGCUGGUAAGACCACACUUGCUAAAGCUAUACUUCAAGAGUUGAAAGCUCAAUUUGAGGCUUUCUCCUUUAUUGAAAAUGUCAAAGAGCACUUAGCAAGAAUUAGUUUGGAUGAGUUACAGAAAAAUUGCCUCAGAGAAUUAUUAAAAGAUGAGGACAUUAGCAUCUAUGACAUAAAAUCCCCUUUUAUGAAAAAUAGGCUUCAAAACAAAAAAAUUCUUCUUAUACUUGAUGAUGUUGACAAUUCAAUAGUGGCGGCAGAUUUAACCAAGGUACUUGAUUGGUUUGGAGAAGGAAGUAGAAUUAUUAUCACAUCAAGGGACAUGCAAGUGCUGAAGAAUGCUUCUGCGGCAUUUUCAACAUAUCAUGUUCCAGAUUUGGAUUUUGAAGAUGCCUUUCAUCUCUUCAAUUUGAAAGCAUUCAAGCGAAAUGAGUCAUCUAAAGGUUACAUGGAGUUAUCAAAAUCAGUAGUGAAAUAUUGUCACGGAAACCCGUUAGCCCUAGUAGUGUUGGGUUGCUUCCUCUACAACCGACAAAAAGAAGAGUGGGAAAGUGCAUUGGAAAAACUAAAUCAAGGUCCACCAAAGGACAUUGUUGAUGUUUUGAAGUUGAGUUUCGAUGGACUUGAUGACAAACAACAGAACGUGUUUCUUGACCUAGCAUUCUUAAUUAAGCAAGGAGUUCGUAUUUCUUUGAACCUAAUGAGACAAUUAUAUUGCUCUUCUAUGUAUAUUGAGAUAAAUGUUCUUAGAGAAAAGUCGCUCAUUUCAUUUAAUAAUCAUAAUGAUUUCAUUGAGAUGCAUGAUCUUGUGAGGGAAAUGGGCCUUGAAAUUUCAAGCCAACAGUUAUUCUCUGGUCGUAAAACCCCUGUUCGACUAUGGAGGCACGAGGACACUUACCACUUUUUCCACAAUGACCAGGCAAUUGAGGCAAUUCGAUGCAUGUCGUUGGAUGCAAGCAAGAUAGAAAGCAUCACAUUGAUGGCUAGUCAUUUUCGAAGGAUGCAUUAUUUAAUGUCCCUUCAAGUUUACAAGUCAGAUCGGGAAAAGCCUUCAAAGUUGAAUAUUUGUGAACCGUUGGAUUAUCUUUCUAAAGAAUUAAGGUUUCUUAGUUGGGAAGAAUAUCCAUUGCCAUCUGUGCCAUUACAAUUUUGUGCUAAGAAUCUCAUUGAACUUAAUUUGCCUGACAGUAAUAUCCAACAACUUUGGAAUCAGCAAUUUCCAAAUCUAAAGAAAAUAAAUCUAUGGUAUUCAAAAAAUCUCAAGGCACUCCCAGAUUUGUCUCAAGCCCCUAUGAUUGAAUGUAUGAUUCUUCAUGGUUGCAUGAAUUUGGGUCAAAUCUACUCUUCGACUAUCCCGAAACAGCGUGUCGAUUUAUUUAUAGGAGAUUGUGGGCCGAUGCAGAUAAAUGUUGGGGGCAGUAUAAAAGGGAGAAGUUCAUCAGGGUUAAUGAUUAUGCGUAGUUAUUUGGAUCUUGUCGAUUUGACAUUCAAUAAAGUGACAAUGAAGGUGAUGGUGUGCGGCAAUAUGAUGUGUGGCGUUGGAUUUAAGCAUGUGACAAUGCCAUUGAAAGAGACGACAGAAUUCAUGAGAAUGGGAAUACAAAGUUUGGUGACUUUACUUCCAUUUGUGAGGACAGUUGAAUGGUUAGAGGGUUUGAUUGAGUUUGGGCAUGAUUUCAACCAACAUCAUACUUGUGAUGUUCAUCAUUAUUACAACGAAAAUGUUCCCUCUGGUAUUAUUGUGAGGGUGAGGGGUAAUAGAGGUGAAAGGGGUGUGAAAGAUGAUGAAGAAGAGGAUGAGGAUGAUAGAGAAAUGAUUAGUAAAGGUGAUCAAGUAGUAGAGAUGACAUUAUUAUUAAUGGAAGAUGAGGAUGAUAGUAAGAUGGACGAUACAUUGCUAACAACACUACUUAUUCCCAACACCAUCCCUCGCUGGUCACUAUUGAUUCGACUGACAUUAAAAGAGGGUGAUAGUAUUGGGAAUAAUAAUGCAGGUUGCAGCAGCAUCCCUCAAGUUUCAAUAUUCCUCAAAUCACUUAAUGAAGAUUGCAGGGCAAGGAUUCAGCCUCUUUUAGGAGUACAACUCUCUUCCCCAAUAUCUCCUUUACCUCAUCAUUCUUUCAAAGUCUUUUAUAACUACUUGGAGAGGAUGCUACAACGUCCUCGUUUUUUUUUUUUCAACAGUGAAUACUAUGGUCAUGACUUAGUUGUUCACUUUAUGAAGUACUGCUGUUGA